AUGAGCAUUACCUAAAGAUACUAAGUGCAUUUUAGAUUACUAACUAACGAGGAGAGAAUAAAAUAAUAUAAUAAAGAAUAACUAGAGGAGGUAGUAGUUGUUGAUGAUCCUCUAAAUAUUAAUAAUGGACUUAUCAAUACUAUAUCUGAGUCAAACUAAUCUUCUUCAAUUGGGAUGAAUAAAUCUCAAUUGGAUUCUUAGGAAGAGCUUGUUGAGUUACUCAAUGGAACUCAUGAAUAAAAGAAGAGAUGUAAGGAAGGAAAUCAGAAUGACCAUCUAAUGAAAUCUUUAAAUAGUAAGAGAAGAAAACUUGAUGAUUUAGCUGAUUAGAAAACUGAUAUAAACUCAGACUAAAAAGCUAACUAGGCCUAAGUGUUUAAUAUUUAGCACAAUUAAAGGAAAGAGUUUCCAUAGAACAAUCUUCCUGCUUAGAAGAUUGAUUUUUCAGCAGAAUUGAAAAUAAACAAGUUCCUUGACCAGUAAUAGUUAAAUAAUCAUGUUAAUAAUUAGAAUGGCAAAAAAGAAGCAGGUCCAAGUUCCUUGCAUGUAGAAGUAGGAUCUCCAAUAACCACUGAAGAGAACGUGAAACAAAGUGUAUUAUAGAAUAAAUAAGAGGAAGAAAAAUAGGAAAAUUAGCAGCAAAACUUAAGUCAAGACUAUCAUCAAUCAUUACUCAAUCUAAAUAGAAGUUAAAAUACACCACCUCCUCAGGUAGUAUAACCUACUUUUGAAAAUCCAGAUAACUUCAAAUUGAAUGAAGCAUUAUUCUAAAAUUAGGAAGAUAAAGCAGAUACUGAAGAAGUUUAAAUAAUCUAGCAAAAUGAGUAACAGCAGAUAUCAACUUCUCUGAGGAAAAGAGAUCUUAAAAAUCUAGAGAAAAUGCAAAAUUAAUAAGCAAAAAAGUAGUUGCAAAAGAAGUUGGUAAAACAUUUGCAAAAAUUGUCAAAAUGGAUUAAGAAUGGGAAAUAUACUUGCAAUGAGCACGUUACAGAUGACAAGCUUACUCUCAAAGUUAAGAUUUUCACUUUUUCUUUGGUAGCAAAAUAAUAGGAUGAGUGCUAGUUACUUUUGAAUGAAAUUAAAUUGAUAAAAAAUGAGAGAAAAAUGAUAAAUAAGGAAGUCCAACUAUUUCAAUACUUCGUACUUAAUAUAUUUAACGAGAAAGAGUACCGAAAUUAAUUGUUUAAGAUACCUCCAUCAUAGAUUUAGAAAUAUGUGGAGGACCCACAGCAUUUAUUCAUCGAGAAGUAAGCUUUAGGAAUACGAGAUUACAAACAUGGACAUUGCUCUUAUUAAUUAGCUUUCACUGAGGAAAUGUGCUUUGAUGAGACACCGCAAAGAUAUCCAAAUAUUUUCUCUGAUAAACUUUUGAUUUAUAAUGCUGGUGGAUCUAUGGGUGAGUUUUAGGUUUGCCAACUAAAGAGAAAGGAAUUGAUUAUAGAUCAUGAAGAGAAAUAUUUAUUGGUUGAUCAGAUGAAUGGAAAGAAUGGGGACCCUGAUAUUAUUAAAAAAGAGAAAUUUAAGUAUAGAUAUUAUGUCUCACUUCCAGUAAGAGACAAUGAGGAGUAUAUAGUCUACUUCCCCAGACUAUUUUGA